AUGCAGGGCGCGACGGUACAGGCGCCGGGUCUGUCAACCUACCUGAAGUCACUAAAGAGUACUCCAGUAGAUGCCUCAGUGGAGCAUUUCAUCUCACUUCUCAAACGACGACAAAUACGAAAUUCGAGACCAUGCGCCAUUGCGACUACGGCCCUUCUUCUGCGCGUAGUGGGCGAGUUCAAGGGCAGGGAUGCCGCCAAGCUCAUUGAGCGCAUAAAGCAAGUCGGCAGGCGGUUGACAUCGGCGCAACCACACGAGGUGGUGGUGGGAAACAUCGUACGGCGCGUACUGGGACUGGUGCGCGAGGUGGUCGACGAGCAUGCCGAAGGGCAAACACCAACAGGCAGCGAGCCAGGCUACUCAACACCACAUGCACACGCGCAGCACGAUUCUCUCCACAGACCAGCGCUUAACUCGAGCAUUUCCACAUUCAGCCCUCUCCGGCAUGCCGUUGCCGAACCCAUGCCCACGAGCGUCUUCACCGACAACGCCUCCGACGUUAGCGAGCCCUCGAGACGGCCCCCGUUGCUCACCUCACACACCUCGUACGCGCCUACCUCGUCCGCUCCCCUCGUCCACUCGCUCUUUGGCCUCUUCUCCCAACCAGCAGAUACACCCUCAACUACAAGCACCCCUACAGGGCAGGCGUCGCCAAAUGGCAAGAGCACGCUGACGGCACUCAAUCUGGAGCGCCUCGAGGGCAUCAACAAGAGCCAAAAUCUGGACCUGAAGGGCGAGGUCAUGGAGGGCAUAAGAGAACUUCAGGACGAACUCGAAACCUCAGACAAGCAGAUUGCUGAAGUCGCCCUCGAGCACAUCCACGCCAACGAAAUUAUCCUCACCCACACCGCGUCCACAACAGUACAGAAGUUCCUUCUGUUUGCCGCACGAAAACGCAAGUUCACAGUCGUGCACGCCGAGACGUAUCCCCACGACCACACUGCCACGCAUGGUAUCCUUCUUACAGGCAAGAAGCGAGAAGCGAAUCCAGAUGACGACGAGGACGACGACAAGUGGAAGCCCCUCACCGAUGCUGGUAUCCAAGUCUACGUCAUCCCAGACUCCCAUGUCUUCGCCAUAAUGUCCCGCGUCAACAAGGUCAUUCUGGCCACCCAUACCGUAUUAGCCAACGGCGGUCUGGUAGCCGCAGCUGGAGCACACAUGAUUGCAAAGGCUGCAAAGGAACACCAGACACCUGUUGUCGUGCUCAGUGGUGUAUACAAGCUCAGCCCGGUCUACCCAUUCGACAUCGACGAGCUGAUCGAGCACGGUGACGCCGGAAGUGUAGUUCCCUACGACGACGGCGAGUUCGUCGACAAGGUCGAUGUUGAGAACCCACUGUACGACUAUGUUCCCGCAGACCUUGUGGAUCUCUACAUCACCAACCUUGGCGGACACGCACCUUCAUACCUCUACCGCAUCGUAGCAGAUCACUACCGCACCGAGGACAUCACCUUGUAA